AUGGUCGCAAUAUUUUUUAUCAUAUCCGGGUUCGCACUAUCUAUAAAAAGUGUGAAGACCUUGAAAGGACUCACAUCGUUCGAGAAUGGCCAUGCACUAUCAAAAGACCUUGCGAGUUCUGUUUGCAGACGGUACCUUCGUUUGGUCUUGCCUUGCGCAGGAAGUUUCCUUAUGGUUGGCCUGUUCGCAUCAGCUGGGUGGUUUGAAGCAGUACCGUAUAACAGAGAAAACGAAACUUGGUUACGUGGUGGGAUGAUCAGUCCUCGAGCACCGAUGCAAGAGAGUUUUUACAAACAGGCCAUCUGGGUUUUGGGUGACUAUUACAAAUAUGCAGUAGAUGUUGUUCUUUUCAAUGACUCUAUUGGGUAUAGAUGGGAAACGAACUCUCAUCUUUGGACGAUUCCAAUGGAAUUCCGCGAAUCAUUAUACGUAUUCCUAAUGAUCCUCGGCCUAUCGAACUUCAAGCGUUGGGCACGGGUGAGGCUAGUCCUACCUCUCUGUGUGGUUAUAGGGUUAUACAACGGCAGCUGGCAGUUUGCGCUCUUUAUGCUGGGAUUCCUUCUUGCCGAAAUACAUGCGACAUUGGAAGAUGAUGAAAACUACCUAUCCCUCGGUACACCAAACGGCACAAAGAAGUCUGUCUAUGAUAGACACCCGCGAGUCUUUUCAUUCUUAAAAGUAACAGCUCUCACCGUCGGAUUAUAUCUCGGCUCUUACCCAAUCCGUGCACCACUCCCACACGAAGCCUCGGGAUUCUCCUUACUAACCGCUUGGACGCCCCCAAGCCAUGUCUAUACGGAGAACCAUGGACCAGUCUACUUUUGGGCCGGGGUUGGGGCAGGAAUGAUUGUCGCCUCCAUAGUCUUCCUCCCGGUUAUUCAAAAGCUUCUCUGCUCGGGAGUUUGUCAGUAUCUCGGCCGGAUAUCAUUUUCUUUGUACCUGGUUCACGGACCGCUGCUUCAGUCGCUAGGGUAUAGCCUUCUAUUAGCGACAUGGGGGGUAGUGGGGGUUGGAAAGCUGUUCGACUCUGAACGUAGUCCCAACGACCCAACGGACAAAGACGUACAGAAUUUAGAAAAUUGGAAGAUUGUGACUACAUGGUUUGUAUUUGCAAUCAAUACGACAGUUACAAUUUGGGUAUCGGAUAUCUUUUGGAGGGCUUUUGACGCUCCCAGUGUCAAAUUUACUCGCUGGCUGGAGAAGAAAUUCAUAUGA